UGGGGAAAAAGAUAUAAAUUAAGAAUUAUUGGGGUUGAUAGAGAAAGAAUGCAGAGAGAGUAGGGACCAAAUAGCAAACAUAGCUUUCGCACUUUCGCAGUACAGUUGAUAUAAACUGAUGAGAGAAAAUAGGCAAAUCCAUUUUACACUCAACACUCACUGUAGAGAGAGAAAGUGAGCUGAUUACUAGCCUUUGACCGCCAUUGAUAUCGGAGCUCUCAUUUCACUCAGAGGUUUCAAUUAAACACAAAAAUAAGAGUUCUGAAUCGAGCUCACGUCUCUCACCUUUCACCAGCCAUACCUGAAUUGUUUCCGCCAUUUUCUAAUUUCGUUUUGAUCUUCUUUUUCUGGUAAUUAUGCUGGAAUUUUGUUCGAGUUUUUGCGGAAUUCUGGUUCGUACUGAAUUGAUUGGGUGAUUUUUUUGUCAUUGCUCUGAAUUUCGCAAGAGAAUUCGUAGUAUCUGCAUAAACAAUUAAACCCCAAUUGUUUGUGUUCAUCGUCCAUUUUCGCGGCUGAAUUCCAUUUGUUUGUUUUCUGCACACGUUUUUGAACAAUUUCGAGUUCGAUAUCGGAAUUGAGUGAAAGUUGGUGAAUAUUAUUAAAUUAUAUAUGGAACCAAAAGUUGAAGCAUCUCAACCGCAAUUUAGAUCCGGAAUAUCCGGACCGAAACUUGGAGAAAUGGAUUUCGGGUUAGACCAAAUCCACGGCCUGAUAUCCGGUCUACCGGAAAUCGAUCGGAGCUCAUUCACGGCGCUUCUCGAACUCCCUCCGCCGCAAGCUGUGGAGCUCUUAGUCAAUGAAGAUUUUCCGGCCAAACCCGUGCACCCGCCGCCCUUUUUUCCCUCCGAUACCGCGCUCAUUGACCGUGCGUCAAAGUUCUCCGUCUUUGCUUCGGCUGAUAAUUCGCCGGAGAGUAUGACCAAUAUGUCGGCCUCGAGAUCGGUGAAGCAGGAGCCGUUGGACCGAGAUUCUCACCCCAAUUCUUCUUCACCCGCCGUCUCUAACCACAGCACAAAGUCCAGCAAACGAAAGGAGAGGGAGAAAAAGGUGAAGGAAUCGAAUAAAAAGAGCAAAAAAAUGGUGGAAAAUGAAGCUCCUGAAGAAAGGGGGGAGAAGCUGCCAUAUGUUCAUGUCAGAGCUCGACGGGGCCAAGCCACAGAUAGCCACAGCUUAGCUGAAAGAGCAAGGAGAGAGAAGAUCAACGCCAGGAUGAAGCUGCUACAAGAGCUGGUCCCAGGAUGCAACAAGAUUUCAGGUACUGCAAUGGUGCUUGAUGAAAUAAUAAAUCACGUGCAAGCACUUCAGCGUCAAGUGGAGUUUUUAUCCAUGAGACUUGCUGCUGUUAAUCCAAGAAUCGAUUUCAACCUUGAUGCUCUCUUAGCUGCCGAAAGCGGCUCCACAAUCGAUAAUAGCUACCUGGGCAUGUUUGUUCCGUCAAUUUGGGGAGAGGGGCAAAUCAACGAUAGCAGAGAAAAUCAAUAUCAACAACAGCCAUGGCAUUUUGACGAACUUAAUCAGCCAUCGUGGGGCAGAGAAGAACAAGCCCCUAACUUCAUUACUCCGGAUAAUUCAUUACUAAGUUACGACAACUCUCCUGCAAAUUCAGCUUCUCUGCACUCGAAUCAGCUGAAAAUGGAGCUUUGAAGGAGAGGAGUAGGUAGUUUGUAUAUAUACGAAAUAUAUUAUUAUUAGUAGAGUAUUAAUUAAUUAAGUGGAAAUUAGAGAGGUUAUGGUUUAGCAUUAUUGAGAUUGGAUUUCCAUGCCAUCCAAUUGUUGUCGGAUGGAAAUCUUUAUUUUGUUUAUCCAGAGGCUCUGAAAAAGAAGACUUCAUUUAGUUCCUCAUAUAUAUAUAUAGGUAUAUUUAUUUUA